AUGUGCGGAAUCGUUGGCUGUCACCAUGUGCCAGACGCAGCGGCGUUCAAACCCACAGCCCUAAAGAUGGCAAAGCAGUGUCGUCAUCGUGGUCCAGAUUGGUCAGGGAGUUACCUGGCCAACAGCACAAUUUUGGUUCACGAAAGAUUAAGCAUUGUUGGCAUCGAUAGUGGUGCUCAGCCUCUCAAGAAUCACAAUGGAUCUAUUGCGCUCGCUGUCAAUGGCGAAAUCUACAAUCAUAUCCUUCUUCGUAAAACUCUUCCCUCACACUAUCAUUUCAAUACGAGUUCGGACUGUGAGGUUAUAAUACCCUUAUAUAAUGAGUUUGGGAUUGAUACACCCCGACAUCUCGACGGUAUGUUCUCUUUUGUUCUAUACGAUAAAGAGCAGGAUCGUCUAAUAGCCGCUCGCGAUCCGAUUGGAAUAACGAGUUUCUAUCAAGGAAGAUCAAGCACGCUACCUGGUGCCAUCUUCUUUGCAUCUGAACUUAAGUGUUUAAGUAGCGUUUGCGAUGAAAUAAUCGCAUUUCCUCCAGGUCACGUUUAUGACUCGAAAACCAACGAAACGACCAGAUACUUCAAACCAUCAUGGUGGGACCCACACAGACAACCAGCAGCUCCAAUCGACUAUAGACUUCUAAGGACCACUCUAGAGAAGUCUGUUAAGAAGCGGUUAAUGGCAGAGGUUCCCUUUGGCGUACUUUUAUCAGGCGGGCUAGAUUCUAGCUUAAUUGCUUCCAUCGCCCAGCGAGAGACUCUACGAUUAAAAGCUGCCUCACUAGAACAGUCCAGUAAACUAUUUGAUAGCAAAGGUACAGUAAUAAACAAUGUAGGGGGAAAGGAAAACAACCUAGUUGGUAUCGAUGAAGAUAAUAACCUCUCGACUUUGGUCUAUUUACCUCAGCUAAACUCUUUCUCCAUUGGUCUUGCCAACUCGCCAGACUCUAAGGCUGCGCUACAAGUUGCAAAAUACCUCGGAACGAAGCAUCACGAUAUGACCUUCACUAUUGAAGAGGGGAUAAACGCUCUAACUGAUGUAAUCUACCAUCUCGAGUCAUACGACGUCACGACCAUUCGUGCUUCAACUCCUAUGUACCUGCUCUCUCGAAAAAUCAAAGCUAUGGGAGUUAAGAUGGUUCUCAGUGGUGAAGGUAGCGAUGAGAUUUUUGGGGGCUAUCUCUACUUCCACGGUGCUCCCGAUAAAGCCUCAUUUCAUGAAGAAACCAUUAACCGAAUCAAAAACCUGCAUUUUUUUGAUUGCUUAAGAGCCAACAAGUCUACUUCUGCUUGGGGUUUAGAAGCACGCGUUCCAUUUCUAGACAAAGAGUUUCUGGAAGUGGCUAUGAACAUCGACCCAGAGGAAAAGAUGAUAAAAAACGAACGAAUUGAAAAGUACAUCUUGCGGAAGGCUUUCGACACAUCUGAUACGCCAGAUGAAAAACCAUACCUCCCAGAAAGCAUACUGUGGCGACAGAAAGAACAGUUUAGUGACGGUGUAGGGUAUGGAUGGAUCGAUGCACUUAAAGACAAUGCUGAAGCUCUUGUUACGGACGAAAUGAUGAAGAAUCCUAAGCCGGAAUGGGGAAGCGAUAUUCCUAGCACCAAAGAAGCUUACCUAUAUAGAUUAAUGUAUGACGAACAUUUCCCACAAUACUGUGCAUCAACCGUGACGAGGUGGACGCCAACAUGGUCAGGACAGACUGACCCAUCCGGAAGGGCAAUCAAAAUACAUAACCAACGCUAUGAAACCGUCAAGUAG